AUGCAGAUUAUCAUUAAAUCUUGCCGAGAGACCCACUGCCAUUAUUGCUUUAGUGAAGCACCUGCAGAUGUUGUAUUCUGCCCUUUGUGUACAAUACCUGUUUACUGUUCAAAAGAGUGCCAGGAGCAAGCUGUAGGUGAUAUUUCUUGGAAUCAAGAUACUUCUCUUGAAUUUAACAGUCAUCAUCUGGUUGAUAACGCAAAGUUGGGCCUAACCUCUACAAGGUGCAAGACUUCAAACUCUAAACAGAUUGCUGAACAUAUGCAUGAAUGUGGAGGUGCCCAUUGGGCAGCUGUUUUGCCAGCUGAUAUAGUUUUAGCUGGUCGAGUAAUGGCACAAUACAUAGAUAAAAGACUGCUGACUGGAAAGAGCUCUGCCAUCUCUGGCCCAAAUUUGGAUCUCGUUCACCACUAUGAUAUAGAUUCUCCUACUAGCAAGUUGGAAUCUCAUAUAUAUGCUAUUGUCUUGUUAUUAUGCCUCCAAAAGUACUAUAGAUCAGACCUUUCAUGGAGAGAGGAAUCUUUAUCACAGCUGGUUCUUUUGAUAUGUCAAAUUAAGGUCAAUUCCAUUGCUAUUGUUCAUAUGAAAUCUGUGGAUGGAGGCCAGGAACUGACAGAAAGUAAAGGGUAUUCUACAGCUAGUGAUGCAGUUAUGUGUAGUGUCGAGCAGAUCAGGGUUGCCCAAGCUAUUUACAUGUCCGGUAGCCUCUUUAAUCACUCGUGCCGCCCAAAUGUGCAUACCUAUUUUCAUUCACGCACUCUCUUUCUAAGAUCUACGGAGUAUAUAGAAUCAGGGAGCCCACUAGAGCUAUCAUAUGGUCCACAGGCUGGCGAGAUGGAUCUUCUAGAGAGACAAAAGUCACUUCAGGAGAAUUACAAAUUUAGUUGCCGGUGUUCAAGUUGUUCAGAGCUAAAUCUAUCGGACCUUGUCAUCGAUUCAUUUUGUUGUCCAAGAAGUUUCUGUCUUGGUGCCGUAUCAGAAUCGACUUGCUACAGAUCUGAAGAGAACUUUGUGCAUGUUUCCCUAAAUGGAUCUGCUGUCUGCAAACUAUCGUUACCUGAUGUAUCCAAGGUUGAUGAGGAUAUGGAGAAGGUUGGGAAAUUGUUUUUCAGAAAUGAUGAUGCUGAUUUGAAGAUAGAUCCAGGAUAUUGCAUGAGCUGUAGAUCACAACUUGACUUGUCUUCUGUUGUUGCUACAUUAGACAGGGCAGCAUCAAAGAUCAACAGGUUUAAGGAACUUAUAGUUAUUGACGAUGUCUCUGAAGUUCUCAUCACAAAUGCAUUACAAUCCCUGGAACAAAUCAAGAAGUUGAGGCACCCAUAUAGCAAGGCUCUUGCCCAGGCAGAAGACAAAAUUGCAGAGGCCUUUGCAAAGGUAGGAGAUCAAGAACAAGCAAGAAAGCACUGUGAAGCAUCAAUUAAGAUCCUCGAGAAGCUGUACCACCCCAAACACAUAGCCAUUGCCCACGAGUUGAUCAAGCUCAUUUCCAUCAAGCUGUGUAUGGGGGAUAAGGCAGGUGCAGCAGCUACAGUCACCCGGGCAGAGGCAAUAUUCUUGCUUUAUUAUGGACCAGAUGUUCAGAGGGUUUUACCUUACAUUGAUGCCCUAAAAAUAGCUGUCAGUGGAUGAUUCAUCGAAGUACCUUGGCAAUCUCAGGAGCAGAGGAUCCUCACAGAUAUGUGCACCUACCUCUUCGCUGACAGGCUUAUUGAUCAGUGUAUGAUUUUACUUGGUGCAGUUUAGUUUUCAAAUAGACAAAGCUAGGAAAGGAAAAUUAGUCGAUCCAAUUGUGACAAUCUUGCCAGCAAUGUAACUUCUGAAUUUCUGAAAUCUCCUGUAGUUAUAGAGGUUGCGAAUUUUACUUCCAAUGUAAACUGCUCGACACCAUUCACACUGUCUUAAAAUGCAUGUACGUUGCAAAAUGCUUCAACUGACGUAGAUACAAAAAGUAGACCCA